AUAAGUUUUCCCGUAAUGGGCUGGGCUUAUUAUGAUUUGGGCGCGCACCUAUAGCCAUCUGUUUUGCUUCCUAAACCCAACGAAGGAACCUGCGUCUCUCGGAGAAGCCCAGCGAUUAAACGGGAAACGUGAGAGGCAUCUCGGAGAAGAAGAAGAGGAGGAGUGUGGAGAGGAGGAGAUGUCGACGAUUUACGUGCUAGAGCCACCGACAAAGGGAAAGGUCGUUGUGAAUACAACUCAUGGCCCAAUCGACAUCGAGCUUUGGCCGAAGGAGGCGCCCAAAUCCGUACGGAACUUCGUUCAACUUUGCCUCGAGGGUUACUUCAACAACACCAUCUUCCACCGUGUUAUUCCCGGAUUUCUCGUUCAAGGCGGUGAACCCACCGGCUCCGGCACCGGUGGAGAGAGUAUAUAUGGAGGUGUCUUUGCCGAUGAAUUCCACUCAAGACUGAGAUUCAACCACCGAGGGAUUGUGGCCAUGGCUAAUGCAAGCUCACCCAAUUCAAACGGAAGUCAGUUCUUUUUCACUUUGGAUAAGUCCGAUUGGCUUGAUAAGAAGCACACUAUCUUUGGGAAGGUAACGGGUGAUUCAAUCUUCAAUCUUCUAAGACUAGGAGAAGUUGACACGGAUAAGGAUGAUCGUCCCCUGGAUCCUGCCCCAAAAAUAUUAUCUGUUGAGGUUUUGUGGAACCCUUUUGAAGAUAUUGUUCCUAGAGUGUUAGCAAAGGCAUCACAUGAACCUGUUGCUGAAGUCAAGGAACCCCAAAAGAAGCCCGUGAAGAAAUUGAGUUUACUGUCAUUCGGAGAUGAAGCUGAGGAAGAGGAGAAGGGACUGGCAGUUGUAAAGCAAAAGAUUAAGAGCAGUCAUGACGUGUUGAACGAUCCUCGACUUUUGAAGGCAGAAGCUACAGAUAAAGAACGGAGUGCAUCUGACUCGAAGGAGGUGCUGUCUGUGCGGGAAGCUCUGAGUUUAAAGAAAGAAGCGGCUCAAAAAGAUAAAAGCUUGUCUGUAUCUGAUUCUGUUGGACGUGGUGAUGAUGACGAUGAUGAUGAUGAUGAAGAUGAGACUAAAUUUGAUGCAAAGAUGAGGAAUCAAGUGCUUAGCAGAAGGAAAGAGAUGGGAAAUACGCCUUCAAAACCAACUCAGAAAAAGAUUGUAGUCACGCUUGUCAAUGACCUCUCCAUCAAGAAGAAACUAACUAAAGAUGCCAUGAAUGCUCUCAUCUAUGCCCAAUGGCCUGAUGUGUCAAGCAGUGAAGACAAGAAACCAAGGAUGAAAAAGUUAUCCUUGAAGAGAAGGGGAAUUGGUUCAGAAGCCAAAGCCGAACGAAUGGAGAAAGGAGACACUGAUUUACAGCUUUACAACGCUUCUGAACGCGCCCGACAGUUACAUAAGUUAAAAAAGCGCAGACAGCAAGGAAAUGAGGAUGCUGUGUUGGCAAAACUCGAGAAAUUUAAGCAGUCCAUUGCUGCAAUACGAACCUCGAGUAGUGAACCAGGAGACAAUGAGGAAGAAGAUGUCUCUGAUUGGAAGAAAGUAAAGCUCAAGUUUGCACCCGAGAGUGGCAAGGAUAAAAUGUCACGCAAUGAUGAUCCAGAUGCAUAUGUUGUGGUUGACCCUCUUCUUGAAAAGGGAAAAGAAAAGUUCAACAAAAUGCAAGCCAAGCAAAAACGGAGGGAGCGAGAAUGGUCAGGAAAAUCUCUUGCCUGAGUUAUGAAAUCUUAAUAAUUCGGUUUUGUUGCUUCAUAAGAUGCCUAUUCAGUGACAAAAGCUCUCCAGUUGGAUACAUACAGAGAGAUGAGCUUAAACGGAAGGUCAUAAGCUCAUAUGAGACGGCUCUAGUAUGUUGUUGAUAGAUACAUGUUUUGUAGGAAAUUUAGCUAUGUGAAAUGUUUUCAAACCCUUUUAGCUUGCAUUUUAUCUCUUAAUGGCCGGAAAGUUUUAUAAAAUAUCUAUAGAAAGAAUCUGGCAUGCCUUGCUAUUAAAAGUGAUGUUUCAUUCUUCACGCCUGGUGUCGACAAUGUCUCUUUGCUAAUAAACUACUAAUAAAUUAAACUCCUUGAGCUGGC